AAUUCUCCAUAGUUGUAGUGGCAGGAUUGGGGAAUUCUUUAACAAUCCAUCAUAUCUAAAAUUGACAUUGAUAUCAAUUGACUUUUUGAAUCCAGCCUUAGUGAACUCAAACUCGCCUCAUAAAUUAUAUUUGUGACGUUACUUUCCUCUUCUUUUCACGCCUCCAGCAAGGGUUUUCGAUCUCAUCAGCGACAUCUCAUCAGGAAAAUAACUUUCAUUCCCGGCAUCUCUCUCUUCGGCAUCUCAUCAGUCUGCUUUUUGUUUGUGAGCUGUGCCCGCCAUUGUGGAUGCGUUUGCUUAUGCAGCCUCAGAAGCUUGUUUGACGGCCUAAGCACAAUCUCAUUCCCGUUCCUACAGUAGCAUUUCCAACAAGGGUGAAGACUCCUUAAGUAUUUCCAGAGUUGGAUUUCUGUUGUGAAUUUCUGUUCAAGUAAUCGUACUCCUUCUUACACAUUCGCUAAGGUAGUGAUGAUGAUGAGGAUGCUAUUGUAAUUGGUGCUGCCACUUCAGUCCUAGCAGCAGGAUAUGCAGCUCUUGAAGUCUAUAAAACUCCAGUUGUUAUACCUAAACCACCUCAUGUUAAUAGGGAGUAAGCUAGAGAGAAUUACAUGGAUGGCAUAUUAUAUGGAAGUAGUUCCUAUUGUAUGGACCAAAUUAGAAUGGACCAAACUACAUUUUUCCAAUUACUAAAUACUCUCACCAUAAAAUUCACUAUAAUUCUAUGCUAACAUGAAAAGUUUUUGUUGGAGUAUAAAAAUUUUAUCUUGUGUUAGUUAAAGUUUGGGAGCGAGGAGGCUGAAGCCAAUAUGUUCAUUGUUGCACGGUAUAAUUUCAGGAACCUCCUUGAGUUUUUUAAACAAUUGCAGUCACCUCAGGGAGGCUGAAGCCAAUAUCUGAUCGGACGCACGGAUGAGUGUAAUUUUUCAAACUUUAAAGGUGGUGGUUGUAAUUAUAAAAAACCUCAGGGGGGUUUAUGAAAUUAUCCCGCACUAUUUUGUGUCGAAAUCUGUUCACAAAGAAAACAAGUAGUAGACUAGUAGUAGUUAUUUGGACUGAAUACCAUGACCUGGGCUAAACUGUCUCGAACCCAUCUUGACCCAGCCCAGACUGUAAGUCAUAAGACUCAUGCGGCCUCGACUUGAGUCUCUCCUUUUAUUCCGUCCCUCAAUCAUUCCUCCCUCUUCUUCCCUGCUGCUGCCACUCUCUGGCACUGCUUUCUAUUCUAUUUCGUUGGUCCAAACAAUCAAAACCCCACCAACUAGCUAAGUUGAUUUGGGUAAUUAUCUGAUUCUUUUUCUUUUUUGUUUCAGGUAUUAUCAGACUAUUUACUAGUUUGAAUCUUACUGUUACUGCUCUUGAUAUUGUGGCUGCGAUUCCUCAUCAAGUGUUUAAAACAUAUUUUGAUACUUUUAUUGAGUUUCCAAAUUUGAGUAGCGAUGGGUAAGAAGAAUAAUUCAUCCACAGCAGCAGCAGCGGCAAUAUCUUCACAGCCACACUUGCAGCAGGCUCCUUCAGGAACAAUGAGAGAAGAAUCUAGCGGAAAGAAACAGAGCAGCGUAAAUCCCAAGUCCAUGUUGAAAUUGGACCACCUUAAAAACCUCGCUAUCUGGGCUACUGCCGAAGCUUCCGUAUCUUCACUAGGUGCUUUUUUCGGCUACCGCUUGGCUGCCACUGCUGAAGCCUUGGGUGUUCCUCCUGACCCUUCAUUGUUCUCCUGCCAGAGGUGUGAAUCUAUUCUUCAACCUGGCUAUAAUUGUACGGUUCGGAUUGAGAAGAUAAAACCAAAUCCAAAGCGAAGGCGCAAGAAACGUAGUCUUUCGAUUGAAAAUAGUGUGGUUUACAGCUGCCACUUUUGUUCACAUAGAAACUUGAAGAGAGGAACCCCGAAAGGCUACAUGAAAGAGUUGUGUCCAUCGAAGCCCAAAGUCUCUUCAAAAUCAGAUCCUACUAAAUCAAGUCAUCCAAAGUUUGCCAAAGCAAAGGUCAUUACAGCAAGCAAAAAUGAUCCCAUGUCCAAGGUGGAUGGAAUUGCUUCACAAGAAAUAAUUAACAAGGAUCCUGUGAAUGACAGUUCUACAACUCCCUCGGCUAAAGUUGGGACUUUGUUGGAUACAAGAAAGAGGAAAAGGACUAGAUCAGGAUCCAAGAAAAUUGUUGAAUCAGAAAGCAGUUCUGUUCCUGUUGAUGCAAAGAAAGCUUCCAUACCAUCAAGCAAGCGGAAGAGAAAAUCUUGGACUAGUUUAAAGGAAAUUGCUGAGCGUAGUGACCAGGAUGGUAGCCGUAACUUCACUAACUUAGCAAUCCCAUUUCGUAUAUAAAAAUGUAAAUUGGUAUGGAGAUGAGAGUAGUAAAAGACAUCCAAUGUCUGGACCCGUAUGGCUGUAUGCAUAGCUCAAGUCUUCAAUGUGACCGAUAGAAAGCAUCUGAAUUAAAAAUUCAUGGUUGGAAACAUGCA